AUGUACAAUAUUUAUCCUGACGGAAUUUACCAGCGCUCAAUUAUUGAUGUUCAAAAUUGUUCAAUUUUUGCUUUUGAUGGCAACUUUUAUGCCGGUUUGUCAUCAACUGAACUUCAUACAUGGGAUAACAACUUAACACAUAUCGCUUCAUCCGUCGUAUCUGGUUCAAAUAUCAUAGCAAUCGGGCCAAAACAAUUUAUAGUCACAAUUCUCAAUCAAGCAAAUCUUUACGACAUUGACUGCAAGCUCGUUCGCAAGUACUCCAUUUCAAACCAGAAUUCAGAGUUUGUUUCGAUACUUUCGGAGAAUGACGUUUUUUCAUUACCAAAAGAAUACAAACUCUGCAGCGCAAACACAUUCUUACCACUUUUCUUAAACAGUAAUAACGAAAUAUGCACAAUAAACGAUGAUAUUUACAUGCAAAGAAUUCUUGACAUUUUCCCUUUGUCCGUAGCCAUUCCAAUACUAUCUAGCCGUGUCGGACAAGUCGGAACUGGCACAGAGUUUCUUGCUGAAUCAGCAGUUAAAGCAAGAAAUGUAGGAAUGAUUGAUAAUUUCAUUAGAACUCAAGAAACAGCAUCAGUCAUGACAUUUAUGGACUCAAUAUUCAACAAACUCAAAGAGCCCAAAAACAACCAAUUUAUUUUUGCUGUUUUCCCUGUAAUUUCGUCUUAUUGCGUCAAUCAAAUCAAAGGAGGCAAGAAAGAGUUCAGCGACGUCCUUGUAAAGUUCCGUUCCCUUAUUGCCCCUCAAGUUAUCCAGCAGCCGAAGCCUGCAGUCCAAGAGCAGCCAAAACCAGUCAAUACUCGUCGCAUUAGAAAAGAGGAACUUGUCACUUUUUGUAUCGAAGCUCUUAAGAAGAAUAAUGUUACACAAUCACUUCCUGUUCUUAAACUCAGUUUCCCUGAUUUUACGAACUCAUUCCACUUAUUUCGGACAAUUAUUCUUCAGCAAGUUUGGGUUCACGUUUGUUCGAACCAAUUAAACGAAGCAGCCAAGUUAAUUGAAGAACUCGGUGAAGUUCCAGGCGAACACUUCAGAGAGAUGUGGAGACAAACAACGAGAAACAAAACACGCCAGUUAUUAUACGAUUAUUUACAUAAACAAUCGUUGUUGUCCGAACAAGAUGAACAAAACCAUCAAAUACUUUUAAAGAUAACGACGAAGUACCCCAACACUUCGUUCUCCGUUGCACAGAAACUCUCUGUUACUCAGCCAUUCAAGAACGUUUCAGAUGACGCGAAAUUACCUCCUUGGAAACCAAUUGUUGAUUUGACAGCCGAUUACAAUGAAAAUGCAAAUCUCACUUUUUCAGAACUAUUCAAAAUUCCACCUGAACCGAUAGUUGAAUCACCGAGGUAUUUCGUGGGAAACAUUGCUCUCAUUGAAGCACAAUCACCAAAGACAAUCAAGAUGCUAACAAUAGAAGGAACAAGUGUCGAAAGAUUGUGGGUUUUGCAUUGCGAGCAUCGCGUUCUUGAUAUGCAUGAGAUGUUUAAAUCCGAAAUUGAAAAGGCAAAGAACGUAAAUCCAACACCAAAACUUGUUUGUUUGAAAUUCAUUAACACAUAUCAUUCACAAAUGAAUGUUUAUGAAUUGGAAACAUUGUUGGAUGUCCUUUGCAAGAAUGGUUUCUUCGCACAGUUCGAAUUGGAUGAUUUCGAAUUGUUACUUGUCAGAAUUUGCAAGAACAAGUUUUUGUUCGACCAACAAUGGUGGUCAACAACAAAACUUGACUUCACAGACUUCUUCAAGAAAUUCGCUUCAUACUGCGCCAAGAAAUCUCUUUUCAUGCCAUUCGAAAUGUUCGUAAUUUCACAUCCUAAAGCCAAAGAAGUUGAUUUGAGCGAUCUCCAAGAACCAUUGAUCAGAUUCAUCUGGGAUUUGUGGGUAAAGAGAGAUCCAGCGGCUGCAACUUUAAGUUGCAUGCAAUUUAUUGCUAAAUCAAAUUCAACAGAUCCGAUUGAAUUAUGGAAAUCUCUUCCAUCGGAAUCUCUUGCUCCUUUGGCUUCUUUCGUUUGGAACAAAGACCCUGAGAAGUUCAAACCAGGAUCUCCAGAAACAAUAGCUUUGAGCGAAAGACUUAAACAGGAAUAUCCUCUUUUGAGUAGUUUAGUCAAAGGAGAAAUUCCUCAUCCGAAAGGUCCUGAAAAAGUGAAACCGGAAUCGAAAUGGAGAUCUCCAAUUUACACUUCAAAAUACGACUUAGAACUCCAUGAUUUGAUACAAAGUCAUUUCGAUUUCGAUUUCUCCAAAGUAUUCACUAAUUUCUACGGAAAUUACCCAGGACAACCGAAUUAUCCUCACUUCGACCACCCAGAAUUAA